AAAAAAUCCAAAAUCGAAAAAAACAUAUUCCCAAAACACAUCGAUCAUCAUAAUCAUCAAAUAUACUUCUCCAUCAACAACAGUUGCUGAUCACUUCUUCUUUUUCAAGUUUACUUAUUUAACAAGAUGUCUGGCCAGGGCCAGCGUUUGAAUGUUGUUCCAACUGUUACUGUGCUUGGAGUUAUCAAGGCUCGUCUUGUUGGUGCAACUAGAGGCCAUGCUCUUCUAAAGAAAAAGAGCGAUGCUUUAACUGUUCAGUUCCGAGCCAUUCUCAAGAAAAUUGUUGCCACGAAAGAAUCAAUGGGAACCAUUAUGCAAUCUUCAUCUUUUGCUUUAACCGAAGCAAAAUAUGUAGCUGGUGACAACAUCAAAUAUAUUAUCCUCGAAAAUGUCAAAACUGCAUCUCUCAAAGUCAGGUCACGCACAGAAAACGUUGCAGGUGUAAAACUCCCCAAGUUUGAACAUUUCGCUGAAGCCGAGACAAAAAAUGACUUGACUGGUUUAGCAAGAGGUGGGCAGCAAGUGCAAGGAUGUAAAGCUGCAUACGUGAAAGCAAUUGAAGUUCUUGUUGAACUUGCGUCUCUUCAAACAUCUUUCUUAACUCUUGAUGAAGCAAUCAAGACUACAAACCGUAGGGUCAACGCCUUAGAGAGUGUGGUCAAACCAAGGUUAGAAAACACCAUAAGUUACAUCAAAGGGGAGCUCGAUGAAUUAGAAAGAGAAGAUUUCUUUAGGUUGAAGAAGAUUCAAGCUUUCAAAAAGAGAGAGAUCGAAAGGCAAAUGCUUUCUGCUAAGCAGUUUGCUGAAGAUCAAGUUGCUGAAAAUCUCUCUCUACAAAAAGGAAUCUCCAUGAACGCCGCUCAUAACAUGCUGGCAGCUACCCACAAAGAUGAAGAUAUCAUUUUCUGAUAUGGAGGUUAGUUUUUGUGUUAUGCAUCUUAUGUGGAAUAUCUUCUAUCGGUCCCUGCUCGAAAGAUUUGAUCUGUAUUAGAUGACUGUCUAGUUUAUCAAUAAAAGCUUCAUGUGUGCAGCUAUAUAUAUUUGGGUGUCAGUUUCUAUAAUUUCUGGUUGCUAAGAACCAAUUUUUGUUUAUUUGUAUUAUGUUUAUUCAUUGGGCAUUGAAGUACUAUUUAAGUUAUGGAUUAUUAAUGUCUGUUGUUUUCUUUGUA